AUGAAAAAUAUGCUUGUUCCGAAAGGACCGAUUGUUCGCACUAGCCCUAGCCGUGUCGACAUCUGCGACGUCACCGCGGUGAAAGAGAUUCACAAAACAAAUAGCCGCUUCCUGAAGUCUGAUUGGUAUCGGAAGCUCGUCGCAAAUGGGUUCGAGACCAUGUUCACCACCACAGACCAUCGCUUCCAUGCUUCCCGCCGACGUUUGCUAGCACCAGCCAUUUCUGAUUCAUCGCUUACGCGAAUGGAACCUAUAAUCUCGUCUCGGAUUCAUAUGGCAGUCGACAAGAUGGCAGAGGAGAUGGGGAAGCGUGGUGCAGCUGAUGUGUUCAAGUGGUGGCUGUUCUUGGCGACGGACAUCAUCGGCGAACUUAGCUUUGGGGAAUCAUUUCGGAUGCUCGAAGCUGGCGAGAAAACCCAAUACAGCAUUGACCUGGAGCAGAUCUCCAGCUUGCAGCCUCUCCGAACAACUUUUCCAAUGCUGGUCAAAGCUGGCAAGUAUUUGCCAUUGCCAAUUUUCAAACAGACAGCGGACGCAGGUAAGAGACUGAGCAGCUACUCAUUACAAUCCAUCGAGCGAUAUGAGCAGAUGAUUGAGGAAAUCCCCACCCAUCCAAAACCAACCCUUUUCACCAGAAUUUUCGAUUCGGAAAGAAGUGGUCUUAGCCACGACCAAAUCCGACAGGAGGCACAGGGAUACAUCGUUGCUGGUAGCGACACUACUGCCGUCACUUUGACCUAUCUCAUCUACGCUGUCUCUCGUGAUCCCCGCAUCCGAGAACAGCUUGUGGCUGAAUUGGCGACUAUACCUGAGCCGGUAGUUCAUAGCAGCCUCCGCGAUCUGCCUUACCUAAACAAGGUUAUUAACGAGGCCCUGAGAUUAUACACUGCUGUCCCAUUUGGCCUACCCCGAGCAGUUCCACCUGAGGGAGCCAACUUCAAUGGGUACUUUAUUCCCGGUGGGACUACCGUUUCCACCCAGUCUUAUAGCCUGCACCGGGAUCCCAUGAUCUUCCCUGAUCCUGAAAGUUUCAGGCCUGAACGAUGGGAUGAAAUGACAAAAGACAUGAAUCAUGCAUCGUUGCCUUUUGGGGGAGGGUCGCGAAUUUGCAUUGGAAUGCACCUCGCACGUAUUGAGCUGCGUCUAGCGACGGCGCUAUUUUUCCGCAAAUUUCCCAAUGCCCAUCCCUCAACUAGAGAAGGAAUGGGAGAAAAGGAUAUGGCCAUGAAGUCAUUCUUUUUGAUGGCGCCUCAAGGACACCGGUGUCUCAUUGAGGCAUGA